CCCUGGAAGCCCUGUUUUUUGGUGACCGCGCCGCGUAUUGACUUGGACUUUUGAGUUAAGUUUCUCAUAUUUGUUUCGCCUCUGCCGACGUCGCUGCUGACUUUUAAGUGCUGUUUACUGUUGUUUUGGGGCCAACGAAGGUGUCGCUCGACGUUGGUUGGCUUUUUGUUCUACCCACUUUUCUUUUUAUAUUUUUUUUUCCUUUUUUUCUGCUCCUGCACUUUUGCAGCUAGAAAUUCUUGAGGAAGAGGGAAACAAAAGUUUUCAUAUAUUUUUGGGCUGUUGUUUUCUUUUUUUUUUCGAGGGGGUCUACAGUUUUUACGUUUUACAAAUAUUGUAAUGCUUUUGGUAUUUUUGUUGAGAUUGGGGAGAGGGUGUAUGGGAUCGGAGAAAGAGAGUGAUACACAUGCGCAUGGCCAAAAAACAAGCAUAAAAAUGUCGUCGCUGCUGGCGUUGUCGCCUUGUUGCCAUUGUUGUCCUGCCAUUCAGGGCUGGCUGUAUGCAUUUUACCAUAUCAUUUGUGUCACAUUAAGAUCAAUUGGUAAACACACACACAUCGGCCAGCACGCUUUAAUACGUAUACACGCAUUGCCUACCCAUAUGGGCGGCCAAAAGGCAAACGGCAUAAAAAGUAUCGUUAAAAGCUCUCACAGUCCAACAACAAAAGCGUGAAAAAAGUGCGCAAAAUAAAAGGAAAAAUAAGAAAAAACCGAAAAAAAAAAUAAAUAAAGACGCAGCGCGGCAAAUAGGGGAUUCCCACUAGGCAACAAUAACAACGAACAACCGCUGUCAGCCGCCUGACAGUGUUGCCAUGUCCAGGGUUGUCGCUGCCACGUUUACCGCUAGCCGUGCCGUUUACCGUUAGCUAUGCCGUCGCCAUUUUGCCGCAAUCGGUGCACAUUUGCCGUCGUCGUUUCCGUUAACGAAACCGUUACCUUUACCGUUGCCGUCGCCAGAAUGGCGUUCGCAUAAAAUCGUAUUCGAGUGCAAAUUUAAUCAAAAUAAAACGAAAUAAAAAGAAAAAUAUUUACCAAAAAAAACGAAAAUUUUAAUAAAAAUUAUUUUAUAAAUACUGAAAUUUUGUGUAAAAGUGGUUAAUCAAAAUUAUAAAAGAGGGUAAUUUCAGUUGGUUUUAACAUUGCCGUUGCAAUGUGAACAAACAGAAUACAAUUCUGAGAUGUUCUUUGAACUGUCAAAUGAACGACAAUAACAAAUAUUUUAUAUUUGUAAUGUACAUUGCCAUGAAAAACUUUGUGUAACUUUGUGAGUGUCAAUAGAAAUAGUUUAAACUAAAAUUUAAUUUUAAAAUAAAAUCGAUUUCGCAACUUUUUGAUUCCUAUUAACAUUUGGGAAAGACAUAUAACACGUAUGUUGUUAUGAUAUUUAACCUGAAACCUUUUCCUAUGAAUAGUUUGAACUAAUUUUAAAAAGAUUGAGCAUAAGCUAAACCAUUAAGAAACCAUUAAUGUCUGGUUAAAGUUAACCUAAAGUUAACCUAACGUUUUGCCUUCAUAUUGUUUGUAUUUGGCUUAUUUUGGGUCAGUUACCAACAAAACAAAAACCCAUUGAUAGUUUUUUUUUCACACGGACCUUGACUCUUCAUUGAUAUAGAUAAUACUGACCAUCAGUAAUAUGCCUCCACACGCAAAUUCACCUCGUGCUAGACGAUGAAUAGAUAUUGGCUGAUCACAUAUAUAGCUUCUGAUCAGCUUUGGCCCUUUCCGACUUACAUAAAGUUCACCUGACUUUGCACCCCAAAGAUAGAUGGUCUAGUGUCCCCCCGGUGUCGCAAACAAAUUCAAAUUGUUCAAGUCCCUCGCUACUUUAACUGAUAGAGCAGCCGUUCGUUGGGCACGAUUCAAACCGAACCGCUAGCCUAGAAUCUACAGUAAGAACCGAAAGCCCAAAGAGACCGCCGCGAUAAGGAGAAAAACAAAAAAAAAAAACAGUCAACGGGGCCGCAGUUCUGUACGAGCCAAUGCCAGUUAUCGAGCAGACAGCGAUCCCGCCUAGCGGAGUAUCGUUUUAACGCUAAAACGGUACGCGAGUGCGUUAAACUAACUAAAAAUACCGAUUCCUUUAUACCGUAUAGGUCUUUAUAAAGAGAUACCGUGUGCUAAUUGAUAUAAGAAACCUAUAAAUAUAACUCAUACGACGCGUGUACAAAUCGACGGCCCCUUAGCAAUGAUGCAAACCCUGAAACCACCGCCACCGCUACAUCAUCACCACCAGCACCAGCUUCAGCAUCAGCAUCAACAGCAGCCACAUCAACUUCAGCAGCAUCCGCAGCUGCAACAUCCUCCGUUGCAGCAGCAACAGCAUCUGACAGUCAUGGAUAAUCACCAGCAACAUCAGCCGCAUAUCCAUCAACAGCAGCAGCCACAAUUGCCACCCACGCCGCAGGCAUCUCACCUGGUCGGUGGUGGGCAGCAACAGCAGCAACAUCCGCACCACAAUCACCUGGCUGUCGACCAGGAUGACCCAAAUCCCGAACUGGUGCUUGCCUUAAUUUCCAGAAACCGUGCGCUCGAGGCUACUAUCCCAAAGUGCGGUGGCUGCCACGAGCUGAUUCUGGACCGUUUUAUUCUUAAAGUGCUGGAAAGGACGUGGCACGCCAAGUGCCUGCAGUGCAGCGAGUGUCAUGGCCAGCUGAACGACAAGUGCUUCGCGCGGAAUGGCCAGCUCUUCUGCAAGGAGGACUUCUUCAAACGUUACGGUACAAAGUGUUCCGCUUGUGAUAUGGGCAUACCGCCCACGCAGGUGGUGCGUCGGGCCCAGGAUAAUGUCUACCAUCUGCAGUGCUUCCUGUGCGCCAUGUGCUCCCGCACCCUGAACACUGGCGACGAGUUCUACCUGAUGGAGGAUCGCAAGCUGAUUUGCAAGCGUGAUUAUGAGGAGGCCAAAGGCAAAAGGUGAAUUUCCGUUUUAAGAUUGAUCUAAAAGGAACGUCUUGUAAUCUGUAUAAUGGAUAUCUUCUUAGGCCUCUAUUUGGAUGGUUCCUUGGAUGGCGAUCAGCCAAAUAAAAGACCGCGCACCACGAUCACCGCCAAGCAGCUGGAGACCCUGAAAACCGCCUACAACAACAGCCCCAAGCCCGCCCGCCAUGUACGUGAGCAACUUUCGCAGGACACGGGCCUGGAUAUGCGGGUGGUGCAGGUCUGGUUCCAGAACAGGCGGGCCAAGGAGAAACGACUGAAAAAGGACGCGGGUCGCACGCGCUGGAGCCAAUACUUCCGCUCGAUGAAGGGCAACUGCUCGCCACGCACCGAGAAAUUCCUCGACAAGGAUGAACUGAAGGUCGACUACGACAGCUUCAGUCACCAUGAUCUGAGCAACGACAGCUAUAGCACCGUCAAUUUGGGCCUGGAUGAGGGAGCCUCGCCGCACAGCAUUCGCGGCUCCUACAUGCACGGCAGUUCCAGUCCGUCGCAAUAUCCGCCGAGCAGUCGCUCGCCGCCGCCAGUUGGCCAGGGUCAUACAUUCGGCUCCUAUCCGGAUAAUAUUGUGUACACCAAUAUAGAUCAAGCGGUGGGUUCUAGUUUGCAUGCCAGCAAGUCGCAUCAUCGCCUGCACAGUAGCAAUAAUGUCUCCGAUUUGAGCAACGAUUCUAGUCCCGAUCAGGGAUAUCCCGAUUUUCCGCCAAGUCCUGAUUCCUGGCUCGGCGAUUCGGGUAGCACAAACAAUACCAGCGCCAAUAACAACAACAACAAUAACAACAAUGCGAACAACAGCAGCAGCAGUAACAAUAAUAACAACAGCAGCAGUGGCAAUGUGAGCGUUACUACCGCCUCCAAUCCUUCAGCGCCCGGCGUACAUUACUGAUACUCAAAUCUGCUUUUGCGUUAUUUUGAGAUGCAGUCGCGUAGCCUGCUGUUGGCAGCUGCUCAGCAGCAGCAUCAGCAACAUUCGUCGCAACUAUAGCAGCGACGCCAUAUUGAAAGCUCACAAUAGUAACAGCAGAUGUUGAGAUGGUAGAGUCAGCAACAUUAACAGCAGCAACAUCAAUAGCAACAUAAUAGCAACUGAAGCAUCAUGUGCUGCAACAUUAACAGCAGCAAUGGCAACAUCUACACUCUAUUGUUUAUGCACAAAGCCCUCUUAAUUUUUAGAAAACAAACACUCAAAAAAAAAAACAAAAAACAAAAAACUAAAAAAAACCAACACAAUUUGCUCAAACAUCCUUGAUUUGAAUUCGGUUUGCCAAUGGUGGGCUUAGCUUGAAGAUACACCUAAACACGGCUUGAAUGUUACUAAGCGUUAUGAUUACGUCUGUUUUUUAAACGAUUACUUCGCUCUAUCAUUUACCUACGUAACCCUGAUAUUUUAAUGUAAAUAUUGUAUAUUUGUGUAUAGUGAAUGGAAACUAAAACUGAAUUUUAAAUUAAUUAAGUCUGUAUAGCGUCAAACAAAAACAAAAACAAAAAAAAAAAAAAAAAAAAAAAAAAUCAACAAGUUAUUUAUUGCUUUAUAUAGGAAUACAACAAAAUUGCAUAGGAGAAAUAUCAAUUACGAAAACGUGAUGUCGUAUUUAUAUCUAACGAAGAAAAAAGUAAAACAAAAACCAAAAAAUAUUUCAACCAAAUAGAAAUGUCAGUAAAAAAAAAAGCAACUACGUAAAAUGAUAAAACGAAUGCGAUGAAAUAAAUUACUAUUUGACACAUAAGAAUAAAAGACAACAAAAAUUGUUAA